GUGCAUCAUCGGAGAUCAAAGCUCCUCACGAGAUUCUGGUCCAAGCCUUGGCCCCCUUCUUCAUCCGCACUGAACGUCCAACACUACCCUCAAAUUCCAUAUCCAACUUGCUCUCUUCUGACUCGCUUCUUCUUCUUCCGAGUCACUCAGUCACUCUGCUCCACUCGUUCCGAGAUCAUCCUUCUUCACUCCCUUUUUCUUCUUCGUCAAUCAAUGUAAUCCCAUCAUUCACUUUCUUUCUUCGUCCAUGCAAAACCCUCCCGGUCGCCGUCGAUUUUGAGGGAAAUUGGAAGGUUGUUGUUUCCCCUUUUGACUGCGCAUUUUUCAUGAAUCGGAUGGCUCCGUUUCAUUGGGUCUUCUUCGUUGCUACUCUCUGGUGCCUUCUUUGUGGCCUGGACGCCAGCGAUGGGGAUGCUGAUCCGCUUUACAAGAGAUGUGUGGAACAGUGCGAGAAAACUGGAUGUGUAGGGACUAGAUGCUUUCAACAUUGUAAAUUUUCAUCAGAUGGGAAGCCCAUUGAUGGUCCAUGGUAUAUGCAUGAACCCCUUUACCUGAGGUGGAAACAGUGGGAUUGUCGCACUGACUGUCGCCACUACUGCAUGUUAUCUAGAGAGGAAGAAAGAACAAAACUUGGUGACAAGCCUGUCAAGUAUCAUGGAAAAUGGCCAUUUCAGCGUGUUUAUGGGAUUCAGGAACCUGUGGCUGUUGCACUGUCUGCCCUUAAUCUUGCUGUGCAAUUCCAUGGUUGGGUAUCCUUUUUCAUUCUUGUGUACUACAAGUUGCCUUUGAGACCAAGUAAGAAGACUUACUAUGAGUUCACCGGCUUGUGGCACAUCUAUGGGAUACUAUCAAUGAAUUCAUGGUUUUGGAGUGCGGUAUUUCAUAGUAGAGAUGUGGAAUUAACAGAAAAGCUGGAUUGUUCUUCUGCUGUGGCUUUGCUGGGAUUUACCCUCAUUCUGGCAAUAAUCCGAGCUUUUAAUUUGAUAGAUGAGGCGUCAAGAGUCAUGGUUGCUGCUCCCCUGAUUGCUUUUCUGACAACUCAUAUCCUGUUUCUAAAUUUCUACCAACUUAAUUAUGGUUGGAAUAUGAAAGUGUGCCUUGUGAUGGCUGUUUCCCAGCUUUUAAUUUGGGCAAUUUGGGCUGGUAUUUGCCGUCAUCCGGCUCGGUUGAAGUUAUGGGUGGUGGUGGUGGGAGGAGGGCUGGCUAUGCUUUUGGAGAUAUAUGACUUCCCACCUUACAUGGGAUAUGUGGAUGCUCAUACUCUUUGGCAUGCAACCACAAUUCCUCUUUCAUACCUAUGGUGGAGCUUUAUCAGGGAUGAUGCUGAGUUUACUACCACAUCUCUUCUCAAGAAGGUGAAAUAGUACUUGACUCAGUGGACAUAGUACUUCAGGGAGUGGAUUAGACAUGACAUGGUUUCUUUUGUUUGUGAAUUAGUACUCUCUUUUUCCUCGUGUAUGCAUUUGAUUCCAAUGCUUUCCACGAUGGUUCCCUUAUUGGGUUUGUUUGGUUUCACCUCCCUCAUGUGAGGGAUCCUUUUCCUUUUCUCCCUGGAAUCUACAUUUGCUUUGCCUAGUUCUUUGUUUUAAAAAGUCCCUUCCUUCUUGACAACCACUAUCAGCCCCAUAUAUUCUCAAAGAAAUGAAGGAAUAACAAAAAUGGGUUUGAACUAAUGGCUGAGUGAAAUGAAGGAAUAGUGUGACUAGCAAACUUUGAGACUUUCCAUGAAAAUGAAAAUGAUACACAUUUUCAUA